UAGAGCUUAAUCCGGAGCUCUAUCAGCUGUCCUUGGUUGGAGGGUAGGGUGCCCUUGGGAUAAUAGGUGCUAGCAGGGAGUUAUCUUUUUGUUGCACCUCAUCCAUCUUUGAUUAUUGUAAUGUAAUAAUGCCUAAUCACUUGCUAAUUCUGGAUACUGAGUCAUGCUUUCUGUAAUCAACUACGUACUAAUUCUGGACCCUGUGGUUCAAGUUUGUAUUGUACUGUGAAGGAGCUGAUACGAAUCUGUACAAAGCUUGAGGAAUGCUUGUAAGCUAUAAGUGGAACAAGCAAGAAUAGGAGGCUAAAGUGGAGUUGAGAAAGAAAGCAUAACGUGGGACUCUGGAAAGAAGGACGAAAAGAAAGGUAUUCUAAUGGCCGAAAGGGAAAGCCUAUUGCACACAGUUUAGCCUCUUUCCUUCCUCACUAAACAAUUCCUUCCCCAUUUAUCAUGCCCGCCUAUCUAUAAGUGUUUCUCCAUUCAUGAAAAGAUCACAUAAACAAAUAAUCUCUCCAUUCCAUAGUGUGUUGAUCCUUUCUUUUUUCCCCUUGUCUCUCAUGAAAAAGAUGGCAGCCUUUGCCAUUUUCUUAUUCAUCCUAACCCUAGCACCUUCCCUUCAAGCCGCCUCAUCCGAAGACACUGCAUCGAUCCCGGUCGCUAGGCCAACAUCAGUCAUUCACAACUUCUCGGCGGAAGCAUGGAUGGAGAAGGCAUGUGCCGGAGUCAUGAAUCGAGAAACUUGCGUCGCAAGUUUGCAGGAACAUCACGAUGAAGGAUCCAGGCAUACCCCUGCCUCGAUCCUAACUGCAGCAAUGCGGUCCACAUUGAAAGAGGCGAGAUCGGCCAUUGACACAAUGACCAAGUUCACCGCCUUGUCGUUCAGCUACAGGGAGCAGGUGGCCGUCGAGGACUGCAAGGAGCUCCUCGACUUUUCUGUCUCCGAGCUGGCUUGGUCCCUGGCAGAAAUGAACAUGGUUCGUGCUCGUGCUGCUGGUGUUGCCCAACAACAACAACAACAGCAGGGCGAGCCCAUCCUUGAGAGCUCGGAAGGAAACCUCAAGGCAUGGCUCAGCGCUGCACUGAGUAAUCAGGACACGUGCCUCGAAGGGUUCGAAGGCACGGACAGGCACGUAGAGAAAUUCAUCAGGGGGAGCCUGAAGCAGGUCACCCAGCUCAUCGGCAACGUCCUGGCUCUGUACACCGAGCUUCACACCAUGCCCUUUCGAGGCACACCAUCGACGAGAGACCAUCGUCCAGUGCCCGUAGUGACCCACUCGAGCCCCGAGUUCCCCGACUGGAUGGUGGAGAGCGACCGGAAGGCGGUCAGGAGCAGUCCUCAUGACAUGCGGAUUGAUGCGGUCGUGGCACUAGAUGGGAGCGGCCAUUUCAGGACAAUUGGAGACGCCGUGGACCGAGCUCCGCCGCAUGGCAUUCGGAGGUACGUGAUUUUCAUCAAGAAGGGAAUUUACCGUGAGAACAUUGACUUGAAGAAGAAGAAAACAAACAUCAUGCUUGUUGGAGAAGGCAUCGGCCAGACCAUUGUGACGGGGAACCGUAACUUCAUGCAAGGUUGGACAACUUUCAGAACCGCCACCUUUGCCGUUUCUGGGAAGGGGUUCAUAGCAAGAGACAUAACAUUCCGCAACACGGCUGGGCCAGCGAACCACCAAGCCGUCGCCCUUAGAGUCGACUCGGACCAAUCUGCAUUCUACAGAUGCAGCAUGGAAGGGUAUCAGGACACCCUGUACGCCCAUUCCCUGCGCCAGUUCUACCGCGAGUGCGAAAUCUACGGCACCAUAGACUACAUUUUUGGCAACGGUGCGGCCGUGUUCCAGAACUGCAAGAUACACACUCGGGUCCCUCUCCCCAUGCAGAAGGUCACCAUCACGGCCCAGGGCAGGAAGAGCCCGCACCAGAGCACGGGGUUCUCGAUCCAGGACAGCUUCGUCUACGCGACGCAGCUCACGUUCCUGGGCCGGCCCUGGAAGGAGUACUCCAGGACGGUGUUUAUGAACACCUACAUGAGCGGCUCGGUCCAGCCCAGAGGGUGGCUCGAGUGGUUCGGCAACUUUGGGCUUGGUACAUUGUGGUACGGUGAGUACAAGAACUACGGGCCGGGGGCUUCACUCUCGGGCCGGGUCAAGUGGCCUGGAUACCACAUUAUAAAGGAUGCCGCCACGGCUAGGUUCUUCACGGUGGGGCAGUUCAUCGACGGCGGGUCCUGGCUCCCGGCCACGGGAGUGAAGUUCACGGCGGGUCUCAGCAACUAAUUGGGUUGAAGCCUUGGACUUCGGUGAUUUAAUAUAAUUGUUUAUUGGGCUUGGCCCAUUUGUGAUGGGCUGAUGUAGAGAGGCCACCGACGGGUAUAUUGUUGAUGGGCCGGUGACGGUGGUGAGGUGAUCGGUUGACAUUUGACCGAGUCAGUCACUCGGUUUCAUUUUAUUUGUAGUAGGUAAAUUGUAUUAUAUGAUGAUUUUUUAAUGUAAUUAAACAGAAGAAAUUGUAAAAGCCAAAAGCAUUUAUUUGCAUGCAUAUAAAGUCAAGGUGGGUAUUAAUUAUUGCCCACAUGCGACGGCGCCUCGCUUUCCAUUACAUUCCAAAUAAGCUUUGCUGGCAAAAAUGGCGACUUCCACCACCAAAUGAAAUAAAGAUAAUCAAUGGAA